AUGCCUGGGUCCAUCACCCUCCUACUAGGGCCUCCAGGUGGUGACGCAAGCAGCGGUAAGAGCACUCUCCUGGAAAUUCUGGCAGGGAGAGUCAAUGGAAAUAGCAACUCAAUCCUGGAAGGUGGUGUCAUGUACAACGACAGAAAUGCUUCCGAUAUUUGUCUUAGUAGACUCAUUGCAUAUAUUAGCAACCAGCUAAAUAUCCACAUUUCAUUUUUAACGGUUCGAGAGACGCUUGAGUUUGCAAGGGAUUUCACUCAGGGGCUUCGGCCAGAGAACUUCACUCCUCAGAUGAGAAAAUUCUUUGCACAUGCACUUGUGGAGGGACAGGAUCCAUUUUUGGAAUAUGUGUUAGAAAUCUUAAACUUGAAGCAGAUAGAAAACAAGCUUGUGGGAGAGGAAAUAUCCAACAUUGACCGCCAGAAGCUCACAACAGCUGAGUUAGCGCUUGGAACAUUUUCUGUUAUGAUUUAUGACCAACUAUUUUCUGGGUCUGAUCUAGUAACUACAUAUGACCUUGUGGACACCAUAAGAACCAUUAGCAGGAUUCAGCAAUCUUCUGCAAUAAUGUCACUGACCCGACUCUCUCAGGAAGUGUUUGAUCUGUUUGAUAGAAUCAUAUUGCUCAGUUAUGGGCAAGUCUUGUUCCAAGGCCCUCGUCAAGAUGCCAUUCCUUACUUUGCCAAACUCGGGUAUGUAAAACCAUCAUAUGUGGAGUCCAGUGAGUUUCUUGAAGAUAUUGUAGCUGGAGAUGGUUCUCAGUAUGUGGUACCAGGAGAAACUCCCUUGACACUAGAAGAACUAGUAGAGUGCUACAGGGCUUCAGAUCACUACAAGGAUAUAAUGAGAAUUGUUACCGGAGAUGAUGGAAAGCACACCUACUGGGUGGAAAGUGAGCCUGGGCUUGGCCUGUCCCUUAAUACGCCAUCCCAUUGUGUAGUCGAUAAACAGCCAAGAAGAGAGACAGAAUUGGUGGUGUCCAAGCUCUCUACCAAAGUAGGGCACUCAGGGGGGAUUGAGAGCACGGCAAGAGUUCAGGUCGGGGACAUGAUCACAGCAAUGUCUGUGAACAAUGAAGAAAUGCUAUACCUAUCAGUGGGACCCCAAAAAAUUCAGCACAAACAAUCCUCACAUGCAUACUCCGUAUUGAAGCAGGCACAAGGUCACAUUCGUUUCCAAGUUGAGCGCUACAAAGAGAAGGAUGAUGAGUACCAAGCUCAGUGGAAGCAGUUCCAAAUGCCCUUUGUACAAACAUGGUGGCAUUCCACCAAGACUCUGACCUACAGGCAAAUCAAGAUCACCAAAAGGCUUCACGCCAUAAUCAAAUUAAGGCUAUUCCAGGCAAUUGUGCUAGGAAUGUUUGCAGGAACCCUUUUCUACAAACUUGGUGGUCAGUACAACCAACAGCAAAUGAAUUCAGUAAGGGCCCUUGGGUUUGUAUCCACCAUGAGCAUUCUGCUCCUAAAUCUUGUACAGCUUCCCCUCUACAUGCUACAAAGGCCAAUCUUUUACAAGCACAGGGCCCAGAGAUUCUUCAGAGCUUCUUCAUAUGUUGUUGCACAUUCCAUAGCUCUGGCAUAUACUCUCUGUGUUUACUUUCUAGCUGGGCUAUCAACAGCAGGAGAUGGGGAGCCAUUCUUUGAGUAUCUAAUUCUCUUAUUCUCAGUUGCAUACUUUGGUUCAACAGUCUUCUUCUUGAUCAGUGCUAUCUCUUCAGUUCUGGAAGUUGGGAAUGCUUUAGCAGGUCUACUUAUCUCAGUCUUCCUACUCUUCAGUGGCUUUGUGAUCUAUCCAUCCAAUAUCCCAACUUACUGGAAGUGGCUCACUUACAUGAAUCCUAUUCAUUGGGCUAACAUCUCAUUUUGCAGGAUCCAAUUUUAUAAGGGUUACACAGACCCCUGUUCCAAAUACCUUGGCCAACUUUCUUUCUGUGACAAAUUCCCAUCAAUGACAGUUGGAAAAGCCUACCUGGUCUUCUAUGAGCUUUCUGAAGAUGCUAAGGUACCAUGGCUACCUUAUGCCAUUCUCCUAGGGUGGACAGUAAUUGCCAACUUGUUAACACUACUGGGGCUAAAGAAGAUAGAGUUCAUGGGGAUGAGCCAAUCGCUGCCCCAUCUCAAAAAGACCCAUAUAAUUAGAAAUUAUAAGGAAGACAGAGACAGCGAAUUUCAGUCAUACAACAGCAACAAUGAACAUUCUGAUAAUUUUGGGGCCUCUCCACAUCCUGAGAAACAAAAUUUAAGUUCAAACAAUGACAGAAUGAAGGACAAUGGAGGUGUUGAGAAAUGGAUUGAAGAGUUCCGAAUUGACCUAGAGAGGCACGGUUUAGACAUUCCAUUGAAGCAAGUAACUCUACUAUUCGAGGAUUUAUCAUUCACAAGGUAUGAUGGGGAAACUAAAGAAAGCACACCAGUUUUGAACAACAUAACAGGCUAUGCAAGACCCAAGACCAUGCUAGCCUUAUUAGGUGGUGACAAAAUAAGCAAGGUCACACUCCUAAAAUGCCUGGCUGGAAGAGUACCUGUAAGCGGAAGCCUCAGUAGCAGCCUCCAGGCUAAUGGUUUGGGGACAGGCGCUACCUUCUCCAGACUAAUUGGCUAUGUUGAGAAGCUUGAUGCCCACCAACCUUACCUCUCUGUACGGGAAUCCCUUCAAUUCAGAGGUGCACUACGUCUUGGCCAAGAUAUUAGCCCCACAAGCCGCCACAUUCAUGUUGAAUUGGUUCUCAACCAACUUGGUCUACUGCCCUACUCCAAUGAACUUGUAGGUUCUCUUCGUGAUGCCACUGGGAAAACGUUUGAAAUAGCCAAAAAGAUAACCAUUGCAGUUGAGCUGGCUGCUAACCCCAGUAUUCUCCUUCUUGAAGAACCAAUUUCUGGCCUUGAUACAACAGGAACUUUGACCAUCCUCAACAUUCUCUCUCAAGUGUCAAAUUCAGGUCACGUCAUUGUUGCCACUCUAACACACCCUAGUGCACGCACGCUCUCGUUCUUUGACCUGGCUCUCAUUCUAACAGGGGAAGGGCAUCAAGCAUAUUUCGGUCCAGUAGGAUCUAACUGCAACAACUUGCUAGAUUAUUUCAAAUCAAUCCCACAUGCUCCUCAUUAUUCCAGAAGAGAGUCUCCAGUUAGAUUUAUCAUGGGGACUCUUGGCCUAGGAAUAAAAACAAGCAUCGUUCCUCCCCUAAAUUUUUCAGAAAUCUACCAGGCCAGCUCUUUGCAAGAGAUUAAUAAUGAAGAGAUUUGCAGCAUAAAGAAGAUGAUCAAGAAGAGAAGAAGAAAUUAUCUAUCUUCUACUUAUCCAGCUCCAUAUUCAAGGCAAGCCAUUUUGGUACUGCUAAGAACACAACGAUUCUUAUGGAGGAAUGUGCAAUAUACAUAUGGUAGACUUACAGGGUGCAUGAUGAUUGGUCUUCUGAUGGGCUCCCUCUAUUUUCAGAUUGAAUACAAGGACAUAUAUGGUGUUACCUCACGUACACUAUACAUAUACAUGCAACUUAUUCUCAUAGGAGUUAUCUCUGCAAACAAUGUCGUACCCCAGAUUGGCACAGACAGGUUGGUCUACUUCAGAGAAAAAAGGGCUGGAAUGUAUCUGCCAAUAUUUUAUCCACUAUCAUGGGCAGUGGGUGAAAUUCCUUACUUGUUCAUAGCAACACUUGCAGUUGUAGGAAUUGGGAACGGCAUGGCAGGUACUGGGACACAAUCCCCUUCAGAGUUCAUGAUGUACUGGACGGUGCUCUUCCUGUUUACACUAUGCCUUACUUAUUUUGGAAUGAUGAUCACUUUCCUAGCACCAGUGCCAACACUAGCUGCAUUUGCUGUGUCAAUUUUGACAUCAUUUUGGGUUUCAACUUUUGGUGUAGUGGUAGUUCUAUCUGACAUUAAGACCUACAGAUGGAUGUAUUGGAGUAACCCAUUCCAGUAUGCAAUGAAUGCAAUGACCUCAAUCAGUUUCUACUGUAAUACAAAAGGGUGUGGAUCAGAGUGCAGGUGCCCACGAUUGCCAGAUGGUUCUUAUGUGUGGGAGAGGUUGGCAACUUUGAGAAGCCUGAGCCAUGAGAGUAUAAAUACAGACAUAUUCAUUUUGUCUGCAAUGUGCAUGCUGUUUGCCAGUCUCGCCUUUGUCUUCUUUGUCGUGAUGAAGCACAACUCACCCUCACACAUAUAG